AUGGCUGCAAACGAAUAUCAAAAUCAUACUCAGCGUCUUCAUCAGGGAAAGGCAACAGGAAUUCUAGGUGUUGAUGCUACUACAGCCUUGACUGCUCAACUUAAGGCUCUUAUUAUGAAGGUGGAUUCUUUAGCUAAUUUUGGAGUUCAACCACCACCUACUUUUGUGAGCAACUUCCAGAGGUCUCAGCAGCCAGCUCCUGCCAAUUAUCAUCCCAAUAAUCGAAAUCAUCCGAAUUUUAGCUGGAGCAACAAUCAGAACUUCAUGCCACAACCGCAGCAACAGUUUCAGCAGCAAGGAGCUAGACAUUUCAACCCUUCUGGUUUUCAACAACAAUUUGCACCGACGCAGCAAUUCAAUCACCUUGGAUUCCAGCAACAAAAUCAUGGGGUGGUUGGACAAUCUUUCAAAGAAAGAUCUGCAUGGGAAGAGAUUAAACUAAUGAUUAAAAGCCAAGCGAUGUCAGUCAAGACUUUGGAGAACCAGAUUGGGCAGAUUGCUAACGCGUUGAUCAACAGACCACAAGGAACUCUUCCUAGUGAUACCGAAGCCAAUCCGGGCAAGAAAGAGGUGAAAGAACAUGUACAGGCAGUCACCUUGAAGUCCGAAAAGGUUACUAAGGAAAAAGAUUCAGCAACAGAGCAUGACAAGGAAGAGAACAAUCAACAGGUUGAAACACCCGUGCUCUCAUCUAAAUCUGAUAGUGAAAAAACUAUUGUUGAUGCUGACAAGAAAGAAAUCAACGAGGAGGCAAGCAAGGAAUCAGCUGAGAAGUCUAGUCCUAAAUCUGAUGAUGGGGUCAAGCAAGUAUAUCCACCUCCACCUUUUCCAAAGAGACUUCAGAAGCAUAAGCUCGACAAACAAUUCGCUAAGUUUCUAGAGGUUUUCAAGAAAUUACAAAUCAACAUACCUUUUGCGGAGGCUCUAGAACAAAUGCCGAUUUAUGCUAAAUUAAUGAAAGGUAUUCUAUCACGGAAACUCAAGCUUGAGGAGUUGGAAACUGUAGCUUUGACGGAGGAGUGUAGUGCGGUGUUGCAACAAAAAUUACCUCCGAAACUCAAGGAUCCGGGAAGUUUCACAAUACCAUGCACUAUUGGCAAGUUAUCUUUCGACAAGUGUUUGUGUGACUUGGGAGCUAGUAUCAAUCUGAUGCCAUUGUUUGUCUUCAAGAAACUUGGUCUGCCGGAGCCGAAACCUACAAACAUGUCCUUACAACUGGCUGAUCGGUCCAUCACAUACCCGAGAAGUAUAGUGGAAAACAUCUUGGUUAAAGUGGAUAAGCUCAUCUUCCCCACUGAUUUUGUCAUUCUAGACUUCGAGGAGGAUAAGAAGAUUCUCAUUAUCUUAGGAAGGCCGUUCUUAGCUACAGGCCAAACUUUGAUCGAUAUGCAAAAAGGAGAGCUUACAAUGAGAGUUCAAGAUCAAAGUGUCAUUUUUAAGGUGUUCAACGCAAUGAAAUUUCCAACAGACGAAGAAGAAUGCUUUAAGGUGGAGCCACUAGAAGUUGUAACAACUUCUGAGAUUGGGCAACAGCUAAGGCCAGGUACCUUAGAGAGAGUCUUAAUAGGGGAUUCUGAUUUCGAAGAUGAAGGAGUAGCAGAGCUUAAAAAUUUUCAAGAGCAUCUUAAACCAUCUAUUGAAAAAGCUCUCAAAAUCGAACUCAAACUACCACCGGAUCUCUUAAGUGAUGUGCAGUUUAGGAGGUUGACUCGGCGUAUAGAUGACAUGCAUGACAUUCACCGCCGUUUUGUAGAGGAUUUGACUCAGGCUCUUGGGAGUUCUUUUCGAUUCAUUGGUGUUGAGGUUGAUUGGCCAGUGUUUGGAGAGGGCAUGGUAUAUUCACCACCUGAUCCUCCACCCGAGGAGGGUGAUCCUCCCGACAUCUAG